GGAGCUAUUGGCGUAUAAAAAAAGUAUUAGAUAGCGUUGAAUGACUUGGGGAUUCUUUGUCAACGCAAGGAUUCUCUGUAACCCUAUACCUCUUCUUACCUCGCCGCCAUUCCAUUUUCACUCUUCCAAACGCUGUCUUCUCAGCAGGCUCCGUGUAUUAUCUGUUGGCUCUUUCGCUUCGUUCUCUUCCCUCGCUACGACGUCGGUUUCUCCCAACAUGCCGGGUGUCGAAUCCGAAGUUGUGGAGUGGCCGGCGAACCGCGUGCGGGAAACGUUCAUCAAGUUCUUCGAGGAGAAAAACCAUGUCGACUGGAGGUCAAGCCCGGUUGUGCCGGUCAAUGAUCCGACUCUACUCUUCGCUAAUGCUGGUAUGAAUCAGUUCAAGCCCAUCUUCUUGGGGACAGCUGACCCUAACACUUCCUUAAGCAAACUGACUCGUGCAUGCAACACCCAAAAAUGCAUUCGAGCUGGUGGAAAGCACAAUGAUCUUGAUGAUGUAGGGAAAGACACAUACCACCACACCUUCUUUGAGAUGCUUGGCAAUUGGUCAUUUGGAGAUUACUUUAAAAAAGAAGCCAUUGAAUGGGGUUGGGAACUUCUUACAGAGGUUUAUAAACUACCUAAAGAUCGGUUCUAUGCCACGUAUUUUGGCGGUGAUGAGAAAUUGGGCCUUGCUCCUGAUGCUGAAGCUAGAGAUCUAUGGCUUAAAUUUUUACCACCAGGACGUGUGCUGCCUUUUGGGUGUAAAGACAAUUUCUGGGAGAUGGGUGAUACUGGUCCUUGUGGACCUUGCACAGAAAUUCAUUAUGAUAGAAUUGGCAACAGAGAUGCUGCAUCAUUAGUUAACAAUGAUGAUCCUACGUGCAUUGAGAUUUGGAACCUUGUCUUUAUUCAGUUCAAUAGGGAAAGUGAUGGUUCCUUAAAACCUCUGCCUUCUAAGCAUGUUGAUACUGGCAUGGGCUUUGAAAGAUUGACUUCGGUACUUCAGAACAAGAUGAGCAAUUAUGAUACUGAUGUGUUCAUGCCCAUCUUUGAUGCAAUCCAACAGGCAACUGGGGCUCGAUCAUAUUCUGGGAAAGUUGGACCAGAUGAUCUAGAUAGAGUUGACAUGGCCUACAGGGUUGUUGCAGAUCACAUUAGAACUCUUUCAUUUGCCAUUGCUGAUGGGUCUUGUCCAGGCAAUGAGGGCCGUGAAUAUGUUUUGAGGCGUAUUCUUCGUAGGGCUGUUCGUUAUGGAAGUGAGGUCUUAAAAGCUCAAGAAGGAUUUUUCAAUGGGCUUGUAGACAUUGUGGUGAAAGUGAUGGGUGAUGUUUUUCCGGAGCUAAAACAAAAUGAAGUGCGCAUUAGAGGCAUAAUUGCAGAAGAGGAGGCAAGUUUCGGCAAAACUUUGCUCAAGGGAAUUGAGAAAUUUAAGAAGGCUGCUCAGGAUGUUCAAGGGAAGAUAUUAAGUGGGCAGGAUGCAUUUGUUUUGUGGGACACAUAUGGGUUCCCAUUAGAUUUGACCCAGUUGAUGGCUGAAGAAAGGGGCCUACUGGUUGAUGUUGAGGGUUUUAAUAAUGCCAUGGAUGAGGCAAGAGAAAGAUCAAGGAAUGCUCAAAAUAAGCAAGCUGGUGGUGCUAUUGUUAUGGAUGCUGAUGCUACCGCUGCAUUGCACAAAAUAGGGGUUGCUGCUACAGAUGAUUCCUUCAAAUUUAUUUGGUUAAAGGACCAUGAAAGUGUUAUAAGAGCAAUUUACACUGGUUCCCAGUUCUUGGAAAGUGUUGGUCAUGGCAGUGAAGUUGGUAUAGUUCUGGAAUCUACAAGUUUCUAUGCUGAGCAAGGUGGUCAGAUUUUUGAUACUGGAUCACUUGACGGCCCCUUCGGCUCAUUUCAAGUUUCUAAUGUUCAAAUUUAUGGAGGUUUCGUUCUUCAUAUUGGUUCUUUUUCUGGAGAGACUGGCAAAUUCCUCGUGGGUGACAAAGUAAUUUGUAAGGUCGACUACGACAGGCGUAGGCUUGUUGCCCCUAAUCAUACGUGCACUCAUAUGUUGAACUUUGCUCUCCGGGAAGUACUUGGAAAUCAUGUGGACCAGAAGGGUUCUAUUGUUCUUCCUGAAAAAUUAAGAUAUGAUUUUUCGCAUGGCAAGCCGGUAGAUCCUGGUCAUUUGAGAAGGAUUGAGUCAAUUGUGAAUGAGCAAAUAAAAGCUGAACUAGAUGUAUUUGCUAAGGAGGCAAGCCUUGCUGAAGCCAAGCGUAUCAAUGGUUUACGAGCUGUUUUUGGUGAAGUGUAUCCGGAUCCAGUUAGAGUUGUGGCAAUCGGACGUAAAGUUGAGGACCUUCUGGCUGAUCCAGAGAACUACGAGUGGUCAUCCAUUUCUGCAGAACUCUGUGGAGGGACGCAUAUAUCAAAUACACGGGAAGCUAAGGCAUUUGCCCUAUUAUCUGAGGAGGGAAUUGCCAAGGGAAUUCGAAGGAUAACUGCUGUCACAACUGACUGUGCUUUUAAGGCAAUGGAAUUAGCAUACUCGCUUGAGCAGGAAGUAAAUGAUGCAUCAAAGAUAGAAGCAAGCCUGCUGGAAAAGAUAGUAGCUUCUUUGAAAAGUCGUGUGGACUCGGCACCUAUUCCAGCAGCCAAGAAAGCAGAUAUCAGGGCUAAGAUUGCCAUACUUCAGAAUCAAGUGAGAAAGGUACAAAAAAAGAUUGCCGAAGAAAAUAUACAGAAAGCAGUCAAGGUCGCAACUGAGACGGCUGAAGUUGCUGCUUCAGAUGGGAAGGUCUUCUGUGUAUCCCGUGUUGACGUUGGUUUGGAUGCAGCUGCAGUUCGUGAAGCAGUUCUAAAAGUCUUAGAACAGAAGGGAAUAUCUGCUAUGGUUUUCAGUACAGAUGAAACCACUAACAAGGCUGUGGUGUGUGCUGGGGUGCCGGAGAUGGGAGAUAAGGGGAAGCAUUUGGAGGUGUCAGAGUGGUUGACAGCUGCUUUGGAGCCUCUCAAAGGACGAUGUGGUAAAGGAAAAGGUGGUCUUGCAUCAGGACAGGGGACAGAUGCAUCACAUAUAGAUGAGGCAAUCAAUUUGGCAACAACAUUUGCAGCGAUGAAGUUGAGAUGAUAUAUUAUGCAGAGUUUGCUUCCUAUAGAAGAAACAUGGCUUCAUUUCCAACUUAUAGAAAUUCAAAACUGGGAACUAAAAUGAGACACUGGAUUGGCCAAUUAUUAAUUUCGAUAUUCUUACUUUGCUCUAAA